AUUCGCAUAAUGACAGUUCUCGCCGUCAAAAUCAGCUGCAUGUUUGUUUUUAUUCCGUUUUUGGAAGUCCAAAGUCUGUGGGCCCGAAUGUUGGCUCGCUUUUCUACACACGUUUCUGUUCCAAAAUUUUGAGUUUAAUCAGUGUCAAAAAAUGCCGCUCAAUCGCGACAAACUGACCCGUCUGCUGCUGUACUGCUGUCGGUUGCGGUUUCGCCGCUAUCCUGGGUUUUACUUUCCCGUGUUUGCCUUCCUGGAGGCGCUGCGCAAGUUGAGCAACGAGAUCCGGCUGCGGUCGGCCACCUUCCGGGUGGUUCCGAUGCCGAACGGGCUGUUUGAGCGGCAGCAGGGGGGGCAGUUGGUCCAGUCGGAACAUACACUGUUUGUGUGUCGGAGUGUUUUCAACCAGUACGUGGUGGAGAGGGAGAUUAACUUUAUCAAUUUGUUGAUCCGGACGAAUAGUGAGGAUUUGGUGGGUAGGAGGACGGAGCGGGAUGAUGGGUUGGUGAAGAUUAUUUUGAACAAGCAGAACGUGUCGGUGCUGUUCCAGGUGUGUCCGUUUGAGGGGAUGGCGCCGAAUGUGAUUUUUGUUAAGGAGAAUCUGUUCCAUGGGCUGGUGGAGCGUUACAAACUUGGUGGGGCGUUUUGUGGGAAGCUGCAGCGGAUUCCGGAGCAGCAGCACCUGCCGCAGGUGGCCACUAAGGCGAACAUUUUCCUUUAUAAUACGCCUUAUGACCUUUCUGCUGAUUUGGUGGACUUUAUCAUGGGACGAUAUUUUGAAACGCCGAGAUUGCUCUACCGGAACUACACCUAUCAGGUCAUUUUGGACGAGCGAUUCCUGGGGAACACGUUCUACACGAAGAACUUUUCAAUUUUCGCCCAUUUGCGAAGCUUGUACUUCAAGUGCUUGAACCUGGAGUCGGCGGAGAAUAGUUUUGAGCUGUUUGCGAUCGUGUGUAAGAAUUUGACCAACCUGCAUCAAACGACGACCUACAACAAUUUUAUACCGCCGCAGAAACUGGACGAAGAUACGUUCCGACCCGUUUGUCCGCUGGGACUGCGCAAGUAUCACACAGAGUUACGAUCCUCAUUGACGGCCUACCUCAAACAAGAGAACAAUUCGCUGAUCGAGAACGCAAUCUACCCGAUCUUCAUGCUGCAGGGCGAACGUGGCAUCGGCAAGUCCUCGGUGCUGCGAUCGGUGGCACACGAGCUCGGCAUUCAGAUAUUCUACGGCGAUUGCAGCGACAUUAUGACGUCGAUUUCGUCCCAAACGGAAACGAAGCUGAUUUCUGCGCUGAACAAGUCUAAAAUCUGCGAACCGUUGAUCAUUGCGCUGCAAAACUUUGAGAUCUUCGGCGUUGACAACGAGGGACACGAAGAUUUGCGGAUUCUGGCGACGUUCCAAGCGGAACUGCACACGCUGUUCAGCCGGAAGUACUCCCAUCCGGUCGUCAUCGUGGCUUUGGCGAACGAAAAAGACUCAGCCAGUAAAGCCAAGCUAGCAAGUCAGUUUUUAGACGUGAUCAAGUUUGCUCCUCCAACCGCGUCCGAGCGUUUAGAAUUACUCCGCUGGAUCGGCGUCAAAGAAGCCGCCAACCUUCCUAAAUCACAACUGGCGAAGAUCGCCGACCAAACGCAAGGCUUCAUAUUUGGCGACUUGAAACUGCUCUACUCCAAAGCACUCCAAGCGGCCUGCAAAGACCCAAAACUAACCUCAACUCACUUCGAAAAAAGCCUCGAAGAGAUGCAGCAAUCGUUUUCGGACAGCCUGGGCGCGCCCAAAGUCCCGAAAGUGCUCUGGUCCGAAAUCGGCGGCCUCGCAAAGCUCAAAACCGAAAUCCAAAACAGCAUCGGCCUCCCCCUGCGCCACAAGAAGCUCAUGGGACGGAACAUGCGCCGCUCGGGAAUCCUACUCUACGGGCCACCGGGAACCGGUAAAACCCUGAUCGCCAAGGCCGUCGCAACCGAGUGCAAUCUGAGCUUCCUGUCGGUGCAGGGUCCGGAACUGCUCAACAUGUACGUGGGACAGAGUGAGCAGAACGUGCGGGAAGUGUUUUCACGGGCACGAUCCGCAGCACCGUGUGUGCUGUUUCUGGACGAGCUGGACUCGCUGGCGCCGAAUCGGGGAGUUUCCGGAGAUUCCGGAGGCGUUAUGGACCGUGUCGUGUCGCAGAUGCUCAGCGAGAUGGACGGGAUAUCGAAGGGCACCGACCCCAGCCAGCAGAUCUUCAUCCUAGCGGCCACCAACCGGCCCGACCUGAUCGAUCCCGCCCUCCUUCGGCCGGGACGAUUCGACAAGCUGCUGUACGUCGGCCCGAGCACCUCCGUCGAGGACAAGGAAAGCGUACUGGCGGCCAUCACGCAGCGGUUCCACCUGGCCAAGGGACUCACGCUGCGUCGGAUCGCGGAAGGUCUCAAGCAGGACAUGACCGGGGCGGAUUUGUACGCGAUCUGUUCGAACGCGUGGUUGAGUGCCGUUCGGAAGACGAUUCAGGGGGGUGGUAAGGGGAGGAAUGGUAAGGUCGGGGAGGAGGGGGACGGCGUGGAGGACGGGUUGAGCGCGGAACAGGUCGUGGUCAACGAGGGUGACUUUAAAGCGGCCAUGAAGAAGUUUAUACCGUCGAUUAGUCCUGCGGACAUGGAGUACUUCAAUCGGUUGAGGAGUAAUUUUAGCGUGUAGAAACGGGGGACGGGUUUUGGAGUGGCCUUAGUGGCUAUCACCGAAAACAUUUGGGUGAGGAAGGUUAUUUUUUAAAGUUUUUUAGGAAAGAAAGUUUUAUUUAA